AUGCCUGACAUCACAACCCUGCCAAUCCAUUCGUCGGUACUGGAUGACCAAGAAGGCAACGAAGCCAUUCCGAGCCAUCCACUCGGUGUCAAGCCGACCGGAAACGCGCUACUGGCCUCAUGGAGCCUGCGCGACCAUAUCGGUACUUUUCAACAUCUGCCCGACGAGUUGUUGUUGGAGUUGUUGGAAUACCUGAAUGGAUCCGAUCUGCUAAGUCUUGGACGCACGUGCAAGGCGUUUUACGCAUUCACACGUGCGGAAGAGUUGUGGAAAACUCUCUUCAUCGGGUCUCCUCCAGAUGAGUUCACAUGGAGAGGAACGUGGCGCUCAACUUACCUCAAUUUACCUCCUUCAAAAGUUCCGGUGAUCGACUGUUCAGACCUUUACUCGGACGUUCUCUAUCGCCCGUUUAACUGCGCUCAUAUUUCCCUUGAACCCUACGUGACCAAAAUACCAACACGCAACCAAAUCCCUCGCUUGCCAGACCUUUCCCCAGAAGAAUUCCAUGCCCAGUGGGCCGACAGACCUUUUAUCUUGACUAAGCCUGUCAAAGCUUGGCCUGUUUAUAGUGAUUGGACGAUCGGGUCCCUGCUUUCUCGCCAUGGAAAAGAAAAGUUCCGCGCAGAGGCUGUUGACUGGCCUCUGACUACUUACAGAGACUACAUGGCGGACAAUGCCGACGAGAGUCCGCUGUAUCUGUUCGACCGUGCCUUCGUUUCAAAAAUGGGUCUCGCGGUGGGCCCGCCCGAGUCGACUCCCAAUGCCGCAUACUGGCCGCCUGCAUGCUUUGCGGAAGAUUUCUUUUCUGUUCUUGGUCAGGACCGUCCAGACCAUCAGUGGAUGAUUGUAGGCCCUGAGCGCUCAGGAAGCAAAUUCCACAAGGACCCGAACGCAACUAGCGCCUGGAACGCAGUCCUGCGUGGUCCCAAGUACUGGAUCAUGUUUCCAUCUGGUGACAAGCGGCCUCCACCUCCCGGUGUUUUCGUUUCUGAUGACCAGAGCGAGGUCACAUCGCCGUUGAGCAUUGCCGAGUGGCUGAUCAACUUCCACGCAGAGGCUCGACGCACCCCCGGUUGUAUGGAAGGUAUUUGCGGCGAAGGAGAGAUUAUACACGUACCCUCGGGAUGGUGGCAUCUUGUGGUUAACCUAGAGUCGUCUAUUGCGAUCACGCAGAAUUUUGUGCCUCGCGCGCACAUCACCGCCGCCCUGGAUUUCCUGGCCAAUAAGCCGGACCAGGUCUCUGGGUUCCGAAAGAACGUGGAAAAUCCUUAUGAGAACUUUGUCAAUGGCAUGCGAAAGACUCAUCCGGAGCUCUUAUCGCAAGGUCUGGAAGAACUGCAGAAAAAAGCCGACAGCAAAAAACGGAAGUGGGAAGAGAUUGUCCAUGGUAAAAGUGAACAAGACGAAGAUACCUCAGGAGGCUUCAGCUUCGGCUUUGGAGAUGACAGUGAUGUCGAGGUUCCUUGA